GCCAGCCGGUCGCCGCCUCCUGGGCGGGCCGGAACGCGCGUCCGGUGAAGGUGCAGGCCGAGCGCAGCCGCCGCCGCCACCGCCGCCACCGCCGCGGUCGGGAGAUGGUUCGGGCCUAGCGGAGCGGGGACUGGAGCAACAUGAACCGUGAAGACCGGAAUGUGCUGCGCAUGAAAGAACGGGAAAGGCGGAAUCAGGAAAUUCAGCAGGGUGAAGACGCCUUCCCACCUAGCUCUCCUCUCUUUGCCGAGCCAUACAAAGUUACUAGCAAAGAAGAUAAGUUAUCAAGUCGUAUCCAGAGUAUGCUUGGAAACUACGAUGAGAUGAAGGAUUACAUAGGAGACAGAUCUAUACCAAAGCUUGCUGCAGUUCCCAAGCCCGCAGUGCCAGUGGCAACAGACGAGAAAGCAAACCCAAAUUUUUUUGAACAGAGACAUGGGGGCUCUCAUCAGAGUAGCAAAUGGACUCCUGUAGGACCUGCACCCAGCACUUCUCAGUCUCAGAAACGGUCUUCUGGCUUGCAGAGUGGACACAGCAGCCAGCGGACAAGUGCAGGUAGUAGUGGCACUAGCAGUAGUGGCCAGAGGCAUGACCGUGACUCAUAUAGCAGUAGCCGGAAAAAAGGCCAGCAUGGGUCAGAGCACUCCAAGUCACGAUCCUCAAGCCCUGGAAAACCCCAGGCUGUUUCUUCAUUAAGUUCUAGCCAUUCCAGGUCUCAUGGGAAUGAUCACCAUAGCAAGGAACAUCAGCGCUCCAAGUCACCUCGGGACCCUGAUGCCAACUGGGAUUCUCCUUCCCGUGUACCUUUUUCAAGUGGGCCGCAUUCAAACCAGUCUUUCCCACCUUCUUUGAUGUCAAAAUCUAGUUCAAUGUUACAGAAACCUACUGCCUAUGUACGGCCCAUGGAUGGACAGGAGUCCGUGGAACCAAAGCUGUCUUCUGAGCCCUACAGCAGCCAGUCACAUGGUAAUAACAUGACUGAGCUGAAGCCCAGCAGCAAAGCACAUCUCACCAAGCUGAAAAUACCUUCCCGACCUUUGGAUGCAUCGGUUUCUGGUGAUGUAAGCUGUGUGGAUGAAAUACUUAAAGAGAUGACGCAUUCAUGGCCUCCCCCUCUAACGGCUAUUCAUACACCAUGCAAAACAGAACCUUCCAAAUUUCCUUUUCCAACUAAGGAGUCUCAGCAGUCUAACUUUGGCCCUGGAGAACAAAAAAGAUACAAUGCGUCUGCUAAAACAUCAAAUGGACACCAGUCAAAAUCUAUGUUAAAAGAUGACUUAAAGCUAAGCAGCAGUGAGGACAGUGAUGGGGAGCAGGAUUGUGAUAAGACAAUGCCAAGGAGUACACCAGGAAGUAACUCUGAGCCUUCACAUCAUAAUAGUGAGGGAGCAGAUAACUCCAGAGAUGACUCCAGCAGCCACAGCGGAUCUGAAAGCAGCUCUGGAUCUGACUCGGAGAGUGAAAGUAGCUCCAGUGACAGUGAGGCAAAUGAGCCGUCGCAGAGCGCGUCUCCUGAGCCUGAACCACCACCAACAAACAAGUGGCAACUUGAUAAUUGGUUGAAUAAAGUGAACCCACAUAAAGUGUCUCCAGCUUCUUCUGUAGACAGUAACAUCCCAUCGUCUCAAGCCUACAAAAAGGAAGGCCGAGAACAGGGUGCUGGAAAUAAUUACACUGAUCCUGGUGGGCCAAAAGAAACAAGUUCUGCUACUCCAGGACGAGACUCUAAAACCAUCCAAAAGGGAUCAGAAAGUGGCCGUGGGAGGCAGAAGUCUCCUGCCCAGAGUGACAACACCACACAGAGGAGAACUGUUGGCAAAAAACAACCCAAAAAAACUGAGAAGUCAGCUGCCGAAGAACCCCGUGGAGGCCUGAAGAUAGAAAGUGAAACCCCUGUAGACAUGGCCACUAGCAUGCCUUCCAGCAGGCACAAAGCUGCCACCAAGGGCUCAAGGAAACCCAACAUCAAAAAGGAGUCAAAAUCUUCUCCUCGACCUAUAGCAGAGAAAAAGAAAUACAAGUCAGCAAGUAAAUCCUCCCAGAAAUCUCGGGAAAUCAUAGAAACAGAUACCUCGUCCUCAGAUUCAGAUGAAAGCGAGAGCCUCCCUCCCUCCUCACAGACUCCUAAAUACCCUGAAAGCAGUAGGACUCCUGUUAAACCCUCUUCCGUGGAGGAAGAAGAUAGCUUUUUUCGGCAGCGAAUGUUCUCUCCUAUGGAAGAGAAGGAGCUCCUUUCCCCACUCAGUGAGCCUGAUGACAGGUAUCCACUUAUUGUGAAGAUUGACCUGAAUCUGUUGACUAGAAUACCUGGGAAGCCUUACAAAGAAACAGAGCCACCCAAGGGGGAAAAGAAAAAUGUGCCAGAAAAACACAUGAGAGAGGUGCAGAAGCAAGCCUCAGAAAAGACUUCCAACAAAGGCAAGAGGAAACACAAGAAUGAUGAUGAUAACCGAGCCAGUGAGAGCAAAAAACCCAAAACAGAGGACAAGAACUCAUCAGGCCACAAGCCAUCCAGCAACAGAGAGUCAUCUAAGCAGAGCAGUACAAAAGAAAAGGAUUUGCUGCCUUCACCUGCUGGGCCUGUUCCUUCAAAAGAUUCAAAAACAGAGCAUGGCUCUCGGAAGAGGACUGUCAGUCAGUCGUCAUCCUUAAAAUCCAGCAGUACCAGCAACAAGGAGAACAGUGGCAGCAGCAAGAGCAGUUCCUCCACGUCAAAGCAGAAGAAGACUGAAGGGAAGGCUUCCAGCAACUCCAAAGAGGCCAAGGAAAAGGCUCCAAAUAACUCCUCUAAUUGUCCUCCAUCUACAUUAACUCCUGAUUCUUCCAAGCCUCGGAGAACAAAGCUUGCCUUUGAUGACAGAAAUUAUUCAGCAGACCAUUAUUUACAAGAAGCAAAAAAACUCAAACACAACGCAGACGCCUUGUCUGACAGGUUUGAGAAAGCAGUGUACUACCUUGAUGCUGUCGUGUCUUUCAUUGAGUGUGGGAAUGCGUUAGAGAAGAAUGCUCAGGAAUCCAAGUCCCCGUUCCCUAUGUACUCAGACACGGUGGAGCUCAUCAAAUACACUAUGAAACUAAAGAAUUAUUUGGCACCAGAUGCUACAGCUGCAGACAAGAGACUCACAGUACUUUGCCUGAGAUGCCAGUCAUUGCUGUACCUGAGGCUAUUCAAACUGAAGAAGGAGAAUGCUCUGAAGUACUCCAAGACACUGACUGAGCACCUGAAGAAUUCUUACAGUAAUUCUCAAGCACCUUCACCUGGCUUGGGGAGCAAAGCUGUUGGAAUGCCUUCCCCUGUUUCUCCAAAGUUGUCACCAGGCAACUCUGGAAGUUACUCUUCUGGGGGCGGCAGUGCUUCAGCAAGUGGUUCUUCAGUGACCAUUCCACAGAAGAUCCACCAGAUGGCAGCAAGCUAUGUCCAGGUUACGUCCAACUUCCUCUAUGCCACCGAAAUUUGGGACCAAGCUGAACAGCUUUCCAAAGAACAAAAAGAAUUCUUCGCUGAACUGGACAAAGUGAUGGGCCCUCUCAUCUUUAAUGCAAGCAUCAUGACAGAUCUGGCUCGUUAUACCCGGCAGGGACUGCAUUGGCUUCGGCAGGAUGCCAAGUUGAUAUCUUGAACUGAACAUAUUCUCGUUGCCUCUGAUUUUUCCACAACACUGUGUCACAUCAAAAAGGAAAACUGCCAUAACACACCACCUAGUCGACACUAAGAAUGAGGAAUGGUUUUCUCCUCUUUGGUUUAUGUUGUUAUUUCUUAAAGCCCAAAGCCAUCAAAUCAUUUGACCCUUUCAAUAUUCCCAAGUAUUUAAAUAAUUCUAAACCUGCAAGUACAUCAGCAAGAUGGUUUCAGUAAUUGCAAUUCCAGUUACAAUUCAUAAAUAAUCAAGUAAAAUUCUAUUUAUUUUCAUUUUUUCAAGUUCCCACAUUGGAGCUUGUUUAAAACUUAGUUAUUUCUGCCUAUAGAUUUAUUCUAUUGAAUAUUUAACAUAAAUUUAAUGUAGGCAUUUUAUUUAUAUAUUUGAGGAGCUGUGUUACUUAAUGUCUUCUAAGAUAAGAGUUGGCUUGUCUAAGACAGGACAUGUUCUUUCUACAGCUACUUACCUGAUGUUAUUUCAAAUCAUUCUACAGUUUUAUUAUUGUAGGAUUUAUGCUUGGUAUUAAGGAUGCUCUUCCACAUGUGAAAAGUCACUUAAACAUGAGAAGAUGGCAUUCUACAUGGGUGCAAAAAUGGAGUGGGUCUGGUUUGGUAUGCAUUAUUUCAAAACUGUGAACGUGUGUUAGUAACACUAGCAAUCACAAGGUGACUAUGUUGCAUCUAAUGCAUUACAAAAAAGCAGAUGGAUUUGCUGGGGAAGCACAUCAUACUGAAUGGCUUCAUAAAGGACAAUCUUAAACUAUGAGUUUAUUAAAACUUUACAUUCUUGUUUGUUUUACUCAUUUGACACUUAAUUGAAGCAGAAUAAGUUACUCCUAAAAGAGUGAUCCAGUUUCUGAAGCUUUCAGCCUGUGUUCUUUGAUAAUGUUUGAGGGUUAAAGUCUGUAGAUUUCCCCUAUGGUGGAGAGAUUGUGAUGCUCAGAUAUGACCAUGCAGUAACUGGAGCUUGAAAGGAGGUGCCCCGAUGUCUAAAGUGCAGAUGACGAAUAUCUCCUCCCAAAGAUCCUCAUCAAUGAUAUAUGCUUCUGACAGGAUCAGAAAAUCCACAGUAGCAGCUGGGCAUGGUUGCGCGUGCCUAUAAUCCCAGCGUUGGGAGUAGUGACAGGAGGAUCAGGAGUUCAGGAUCAUCCUCAAGCUCCAUAAAGCUAGACAGUGAGUUUGGGGCUAGCCUGGACUACAUGAUCCAUUGUCACAUUAAAAGAAAGAAAGAAGAAAGUCCAUACUAGAAAAGUACCUAACUUGGCUCAAUGUGAGCUCUCUUGGACAAGGGGAAAUAUUAGGGAUAGUGCUUAGGAAGCUAGCUCUGUAACAAUUCUUUAUCAAACUGCUGUUCCUGACAAGGUGCAUAUAGCAGUGAAGGGAGAGGAAUGUCUCUCUUCCUCUAUACUUUUUAGUGACCCCGUCAUGUCUGGUGUGCCUUAAAUUUUAACUUUAAAUGAUAACUCUAUGGAUUGUUUACAGAUAAAGUUUUAUGCUGGGACCAGAUAAGCCAUGCAUGGUUGGUCCUCUACAAUAAUUUUAAAUUUUCUUUGAUUUUAAAUCUUCCUUUAGAGUCACAUUUAAGACAGAUUCCUUCAGAGAAGCUAGUGCUUUGGUACCUGACUUAGUAUAAUCAAUUGGGUAUAAUGCUGCUUCAAAAAAUGGCUUUUCCUUCUCAUUCCAAAAAUUCAUCUAGUUAGGGAGAGAAGAAAAUCCCUAUUACUAGUAGAUGAUUGUUCAGACUUGAGAUGGGAAAGGGGAAGAGGAUAGAAGAUCUUCACAUCCAGUGGUGUCGCGAAUCCUCUCUGCUAGUCUCUUUUACCACCUGUUUCUGAAGAUAGUGACCUUUGUCUCAUAUUUACAGAGCUUAACUGCUUUGUACCUCAUUAUUUUUACAUACUGUUGAGGGUUGAUAUCUACAGCUUAUACUGAAUUUAACAUUUUUCCCUUGGAGAAAUUGCCUCUGUACCUUUCUAAUGUAAUCGUAAUAUGUUUAAGAAAUACUUUUCCUCAGAGGCCAUUAUCUCCUCUCUUGUGCUAGUAACUUACAUGGUCUAACAGUCAUGUGUCCUGUCCUUGCCUCCUCUUUCUCACUCUGGCUCCUUAAUUUCAGGGAGGUCUUAGAAGUGGAGCACGCGCCCUCUGGGCUCUUAGCCUUCAGCAGCUGCAGUGCUGGUCUGUGUGUGCUGCCAGGCAGCCAGUGCACUCUAGGGUGACUCUGAUGUCAUGUUAAAAGCAGAGGUUUCUGCAUGUUCAUGGUGCUGCUUUGAGAUAUUUUCUCUUUAAAACUGUCAGUUCUCAGAGAAGGAAAUUGUUAAGCCUUUCAUUGUGGAGGAUUUUCCCCACCAGGUAGAAAUGGGCAAUGGAUCAAAAUCUGAUCCUAAGUGACUGAGUUCUGAUGUCAUGGUGUGUGAGAAAACUGUGUUUGUUCUUAAAUGUUUUGUCUCAGUCAUGUCCAGCACACGCCUUGGACUCCUUUACAAGGAAGUGACCAUUCCUCCCUUCUCAGUAGGUGCCC